ACAACAUCCACAUCCAACAACUCCCAUCGAUUGGGUGUGCUCGACAUCGACGUCGACCGCCAGCCGUUUCUUGAUUUUCCCACUCCCGCCUCACGUCCAUUGCCGCCGUGCAGGCGUUUUUCGCGAUGAGGCUUGUUGCGGGACUAGCAGCCGCGGCGCUGUCAGGGGUCGCUGCCGGUUCUUCGUCGCAGCCGAGCAGUGCCGACGUUUACAUCUUCCCGUCGUCAUCAGCGUGGCAGAGCUCCCCCGGCGCCGAAACACCCCGCAUCCCCAAAGAGAUCGCACGCCACAUUCUGCUGCAAAGGACAUCGAGGCAACGGUAUGGCAGUGACCUGCGCGACAUCCCCAGCUCGAUCGACACCGACGCCGCCGUGGGCCAUAUCGCGAGAUUCGGCAAGGGUCCCACACCCCUAUUCACGCAUUCCGAAAAGACAGAUCCUGCGCAACUCGUUGUCCUUCUCGAGGGCGCCGCCCCUGAGCAGUCCAGCCGUGCGAGAGAGAAGCUAGCGCAGCAUGCCGCGUUCGCCAUCUCCGACCCACCCUCGGCUACCGCUAACAGCAAUCUGAUGGCGCUCUUCCGAAACCUUGGCGUUUCGACAUCACGACAAUGCGACCUACCAGCGGCGAUCAACCCCUUUGAUACGGACUGCUGGACUGGCCCCUCUUCGGUGGUCAAGUACGACCUGCGAACGUCCCCAACGACGCUCGAUUCACUCUUCGACAGCCUAGCAAGGAUAGACAAGUUUGUCACCGAUGGCGACCUUGAGCUUACGCUCGUCGUUCUGCCCGAAUCGAGCCGCUCCUCCAAACUCCACCACUGGAGCGCCGCCGCAGCCGGAGCAGGAAGCGGCUCGGACCUGCGCCGCCGGGACGACUCGGAGAUGGUCAUUUCCGAGCACGGAGACGGCACCGGCGCGAGCCCGACAGUUAAACCGGCCGCCGCGUCCUCCUCCGCCCCUGCGCGCCGCCCCAAAUCCAUCCCGCAGUGCUUCGCCACGCUCAGCGCCUGCAUGGCGCAGACCAACUCGUGCUCCGGCCACGGCGAGUGCGUCAACAAGUACGCCGUCGGGGGCGGCAAUUCGUCGACGGCCGCGGGCGCUGGCGCUGCCCCGGCCGCUAGCUGCUUCGUGUGCGCGUGCAAGGCGUCGGUGGUCGAGGGCGGCGACAGCAGCGCCGCCCGCACCCAGGGCCGCCGCACGGUGCACUGGGGCGGCAACAUGUGCCAGAAGGAGGACGUCAGCGUGCAGUUCUGGCUGUUCGCCGGCUUCACCGUCGCCGCGGUCGGCGCCGUCUCCUUCGCCAUCGGCCUGCUGUUCGGCGUCGGCGAGGAGCCGCUGCCGGGCGUUAUUGGUGCUGGCGUGAGCAGGUCCAAGUGAGUCGAACCUGGCUGUGAUUGCCCUGCCGCUUGGGGCUGGGUGGAGGAGAAGGCGGCGCUGGUGUUUCAUCAGCGGCAAGAGAUUCAUGUCUCAAAUGUGCCCCGGGUUUAAGAACCGGUCCGGACUCGAGGGAUAACUGUUUCUUGUGAGGGUGUUUGUAACGGUGUAUCAUACGGCGUCG